AAGUUGGAGAGGUUCUGCUUAUGGUUUCAAUUGUAAUUAAAGAUUGUGCGUUCAAUAAUUUUGUAGUGAUCUCUUGUUAAUAUGGCAAGCUUUUCACAUCUCCCACAUGCUGCAAAAAGACUUGAAGGAAAGGUGGUUUUGAUUACCGGUGGUGCUAGGGGCCUUGGUGAGUGCAUGGCAAGGAUGUUCUGCAAACAUGGCGCCAAGGUUGUGAUUGCCGACAUUCGAGACCAACAAGGACUCGCCCUCCAAGAUACCAUAGGAGUCCAAUUCGCAACCUAUGUACAUUGUGAUGUAACUAAAGAAGAUGAUGUUGAAAAUGCAGUUAACAUAGCUGUAUCAAAGUAUCAAAAACUAGACAUAAUUGUUAACAAUGCUAUGCAAAUAGAUGAUGCUAAGCCUAGCAUUCUUGAUAAUGAUGUGUCCGAAUUCGAGCGCGUUCUUAGAGUUAACCUCACAGGGCCUUUCUUGGGAAUCAAGCAUGCAGCUAGAGUGAUGAUCCCAGAGAAAAAGGGUAGUAUUGUAAAUGUGGGAAGUGUAUGUUCAAGCAUUGGAGGAGUUGCAACUCAUGCAUACACAAGCUCCAAACAUGGCUUAAUUGGACUCACAAAGAAUGCAGCUGCUGAACUUGGAAAAUUUGGGAUAAGAGUGAAUUGCUUGUCUCCUUACUUUAUUGCAAAUGAUGCAGGUAAAGAGUUCUUCAAACUUGAUGAGGAAGGGUGCUUAAAUGUUUAUUCGAAUCUGAAAGGUGUUCAUUUGAUGGAAGAAGAUGUAGCACAAGCUGCACUCUAUUUGGCUAGUGAUGAGUCCAAGUACAUCAGUGGUCAUAAUCUAGCUGUGGAUGGUGGUUUCACUACAAUCAACCCAAUUUUUGGUGUGUUCUCACAAUCUUAAAUUGGUAUCUUCGAUUCAUCUUCAUCUCAUCGUUUAUGGAAUCUUUGUAAACGUGCAAUUGGGUUUUCUAUGUAAUAAUUAAUAAGUGUUGUACUUAAUAACAUUUAAGUAAACUUGAUGUAAAAUUAGGUUAUUGCAUUGCUAUGUAAAAUCGUAACU